GUCCACCCGGCGGUCCAUGGCCUCCGCGGCCAGAUCUCAGGCUCCGGCCUCCCCUUCCGUUUCUCAGCCUCCUCCCCCUCCGGCGAAGGCGGUCGGCGCAGAGCAGUUUGACUUGCUGGCGCAGCAGGUCAAAGGCCUCGUCGAAGCCGUACAGGCAAUGCAGCAGCAGCCGCCGCAGGCGUCGGCGCAUCCGGAGGGGGCAUCUCCGGAAUGCCAGAACCCGGCAGUGGGGCGGGCCACCUGGGCCAGCCGCCCCGUCCUUCCUGGGAAGGCGAAUUCGAGGGUAGAGAGCCCUCAAUCGGACCACGACUCCACCCCUGGGAGAUCCCUGCCCCCGUUCUGCCAAAGGACCCUC